AUGGAUCCGCACGGGAAACUGUUAGGUAACAUCACUGUUGUCACCCAGGCGCCCAUUGUGUGUCCUAACGGCACACUGGAUGUGAUUACUCGCAACAACGGUAGCGAUCUGCUCAUGUACUCGCGCUUCGCCCCGCCAAUCAACGAGAUGGUGGAGAAGGUUAGCUAUCCCAUCUGGUGUUCCCUAGGACUGCCCGGAAGCAUACUCAGCAUUUACAUUUGGUCUAGGCGGAACAUGCGCAAACAGGGCAGUGUGGCGGCAGCCAUAUACCAAGCCGCGCUGGGAUGGGUUGAUCUCUUCUUCUUUCUUGUACAGUUGAUGUGGUAUCUCCACACCGCCUGGCGCCUACGAACGCUCGAUCAUAUCGUCGUUUGCGAGGGUUUCGCUAUAGCCAAUUAUCUAAUCCAGUACGCCAGUCCCAUGCUCACUCUUGUGUUUACGGUAGAAAGGUACAUUGCGAUCUGUUUUCCUUUUCGCGCGGGAGCUCGAAAUUUCGGCAACAAUUGCAAAAGUGCAUUCCACGUUGUCUUAGCAACGAUUGUUUUUUGUGCCCUCCUGGCGAGCGUCCAAGGCGUAUUUUAUACAGUCUCCAAUGGAAACUGCGGUCUACGACCGGAUUUUGAGCAGGAGGGUGAGCCGGAGUGGCUUUUCUACACUGGAUGGAUUAUGUUUACUGAACUCCUGAUGUUCGGUCUUGUUCCAAUUAUCUGCCUCAUUCUCAACAUUCUUGUUAUUCGCGCUUUGCACAGGCUUUCUCAUGAGGAAUCAAGCGCCUCUAAGAGAGAUCGCGUACUACCACGUCUGCCGAAGAACAACAGUUGUGCCCGCUUCUCCACUACUAGCUCCGUAUUUCUCCCCCAACUCGAGACCUCAUUCAACGAGCGACAGAGUAAACAAUCAAGCACCCUCACCCUACUCUGCGUCUCCUUCUACCUUAUUUUUGCUCAUCUCUCUGUCGCUGUGAUGGUUGUACUCUACAUAAUUCUUCCUAUGGGGGACAUAUGCAUGACGGAUGAGGAGAUAUCCAAGGAUCCCGUGUGGCGGCGGCACUUUCGCUUUUUUACAGUUCGCUCACUCAUCGAGUCUUUCGGGAUAUCGCACUAUGCAGCGAAGUUCUACAUCUACCUGGCCACCAGCGCUGCCUUUAGGGAACAGUGCGCGAAUGUGCUCCGCUGCGGCAAACGACGUCAUGUCACCGUGGAACCAUCCUCCUAUCAGCCGCAGACACCAGGCAGCCUUACCAACGGGGAUUCGACAUUUAUGGGUGCAAUGGCGCAAUCCACAGCAUCGUCCAACGCUCGUCUGGGUCCCUCGACCUCCUCUGUAUUAAUGCCAUUUAGGCGAAUUAGUGCCUCUAGUCUUGGAUCGCGUGUUUUUGGAGGAGCUGGAGACCGGAGGACCCCGCGGGUUCGACCGGCUGGUGGACUUUCACGAACUGUGCUCAACGAUAUCGGUGAGCGGGUCCAAUUGAAACUCUCCUAG